AGGGAAGGAGGCUGGGCAAGUGUUGCAAUCCACAGCCCCUGGGCCUGUCAGAGGCCAAGCCAUUAACGACAGGGCAGGGGAGAGAAGCGGGACAGCGGCUGUUUUCAGGAACUUGCCUGAAGAAGAGAGCAGAGACCAGGCUGCCGGUCUGCGGGCUUCAGCAUCGUCCCGUUUCACCCUCAUCACAACCCUGAGAAGUGGGUGCUGUUGAUAUCCCUCUUUCACAGAUGGGGAAACUGAAGCUCAGACAGACGAAGUAACUUACCCAAGGUCACAAAGCUGGGUGCAUCCCUGACACUUUUGGCAUGGCUCACCCCGGAGGGCCUGCCUCGUACUCGUGAAUGUGCAACCUGGAUGUGCCAGGACGUUAAAACCCCAAGGAACAUCCCUUCACCAACGGGGACCAAAUGCUCUCAUCCUCCCUCCCGCCCAUUCAAGGGAUGAAUUGUCCCUCGGGUUCACAGUUCUGAGGUGAACACCAAGUUGGCCCUAUGGCGGGGCCGGGAACCUGGAGCCUGACCAGAGCUGCCCUGAUCAUCCUGCUGCUCCCCAGAAGCCUGGAGGAGUGCGGACGCAUCAGCAGCUCAGCUUCCAUCGUCCGCCUGGGGGAUGCCAUCACCGCCUCCUGCAUCAUCAACCAGAACUGCAGCCACCUGGGCCCGGAGUCACAGAUUCUGUGGAAAUUGGGAGCAGAGCUUCAACCCGGGGGGUGGCAGCAGCAACUGCUGGAUGGGACCCAGACAUCCACCAUCACCUUGCCCCACAUCAAUAGCCCUUGGACCCUUCUCUCCUGCUGUCUGCUCUGGGGCGACAGUCUGCAGAUCCUGGAUCAGAUUGAGCUGCAGGCAGGCUACCCUCCCUCCACACCCCACAACCUGUCCUGCCUCAUGAACCUCACAACCAACAGCCUCACCUGCCAGUGGGAGCCGGGACCCGACACCCACCUGUCCACCAACUUUACCCUAAAGAGCUUCAAGAGCCGAGGCAAAUGCCUGACCCACGAGGAAGCCAUCCCUGACUGCGUACCUAAAGACGGGCAGAGCCGCUGCUCCAUCCCACGCAAACACCUGCAGCUGUACCAGACCAUGGGCAUCUGGGUACAGGCAGAGAACGCGCUAGGGACCAGUGUGUCCCCACAGCUGUGCCUGGAUCCCAUGGACGUCGUGAAACUGGAGCCCCCCACACUGUGGGGCCUGGACCCCAUCCCCGAGGUAGCCCCACCGCAACAAGGUUGUCUGCUCUUGCGCUGGGAGUCAUGGAAGCUAAGUGCGUACAUAGAACAGAAGUGUGAGCUGCGCUACCAGCCACAGCUUGGAGAAGACAGCUGGGCCCUGGUGGGGCCCCUGCCAUCCAGGACCCUCCAGUAUGAGCUCUGCGGGCUCCUGCCAUCCACAGCCUACACCCUGCAGAUGCGCUGCGUCCGCUGGCCCCUGCCUGGCCACUGGAGCGACUGGAGCCCCAGCCUGGAGCUGAGUACCCCACAACAGGCCCCCAUCGUCAAACUGGACACGUGGUGGCGGCAGAGGCAGCUGGACCCCAGGACAGUGGACGUGCAGCUGUUCUGGAAGCCAGUGCCCCUGGAGGAAGAGAGGGAGCAGAUCCAAGGGUACCUGGUCUCCUGGAGACCCUCAGGCCAGGCUGGGGCAGUCCUACCCCUCUGCAACACUACGGAGCUAAACUGCACCUUCCACUUGCCUUCAGUAGCCCGGGAGGUUGUCCUUGUGGCCUACAACAUGGCCGGGACCUCUCAUCCCACCCCUGUGGUCUUCCUGGAGAGCAGAGGCCCACCCCUAGGCAGACUUCAUACCAUUGCCCUAGACCCUCACAGCCUCUGGGUGGGCUGGGAGCCCCCCACACCUCAGCCUCGGGGCUACGUGAUUGAGUGGAGCCCGGGUACCACCAGCCAGCCAUGGUGCAUAAUGCAGCAUGGUGCAUGGUGCAGCAGCAGCCAUAAGACCUGGAAGAUGGAGCAUAACGGAAGCAUUGCAGGGACCCUGCUGCAGGAGAACAUCAGGCCCUUUCAGCUCUACGAGAUCACGGUGACCCCCUUGUACCAGGACACCAUGGGACCCUCCCAGCUCAUCUAUGCCUACUCCCAAGAGAUGGCCCCCUCCCACGCCCCAGAGCUGCAUCUAAAGCACAUUGGCAAGACCUGGGCCCAGCUGGAGUGGGUGCCCCAGGCCCCUGAGCUGGGGAAGAGCCCCCUAACCCACUACACCAUCUUCUGGACCAACGCUCAAGGCCAGUCCUUCUCCACCGUCCUGAAUGCUUCCUCCCAUGGCUUUGUCCUCCAUGGCCUGGAGCCCGCCAGCUUGUACCAUGUCCACCUCAUGGCAGCCAGCCAGGCGGGGGCCACCAACAGUACAAGCCUCACCCUGAUGACCUUAGCCCUAGAGGUGUCUGAGCUGCAAAUCAUCCUGGGCCUGUUUGGCCUCCUGAUCUUAUUUACCUGCCUCUGUGGGGCUGCCCGGUUCUGCUGCAGACCCAGCAGGAAGAAUCCCCUCUGGCCAAGUGUCCCAGACCCAGCCCACAGCAGCCUGGGAUCCUGGGUGCCUACCAUCAUGGCAGAGGAGGUCUUCCAGCUGCCCAGCCUGUGGGACCCCAGCAUGCCGCCCAUUACCAAGAUCACAGUGCUGGAGGAGGACGAGAAGAAACCAGGGCCCUGGGAGUCCAGUGACAGCUCAGGGACCCGUGGCCUUCCCACCCUGGUCCAGGCCUAUGUGCUCCAAGGGGACCCAAGAGCACCUUCUAGCCAGCCCCAGUCCCAGUCUGGCACCAGCGACCAUGUCCUUUAUGGGCGGGUGCUGGGCAGCCCCACCCACCCAGGGCCAGGGCACUACAUCCGCUGCGACUCUACUCAGCCCCUUUUGGGGGGCCUCACUCCCAGCCCCAAGUCUUAUGAGAACCUCUGGUUCCAGACCAGCCCAGUGAGGACCCCAGAGCCUGUAGUCCCAAACCAGGAGGAUGACUGUGUCUUUGGGCCACUGCUUGACUUCCCCCUCCUGCAGGGACUCCAGGUCCAUGGGAUGGAUGGGCUGGGGGGCUUCUAGGGCUUCCUGGGCCUUUUCCUCUUGAAAGUCCUGGAGAAGAGGAGAAGGUCAGUAUGUCCAUCACUAAAAAAACACUCUGCCCCAGGAGAGGCAGAAAGCUCCCAGUCUCCCCCAUCCCUGGCCCCUAGCAUCCCUCCCCACCCCCCCAAUGCCCAUAGGUUGGCCGUCCCACUUUAAAGGUCACAGAAUGCUUCCUUUAGCGAUGCCCACUAGCCUUUUGUACUUAGUUCCUAUAAUUUCAGUCUCUUAAACUGAUUUAUGGUUUGGUUUGGUUUUAUUUUGAGAAACCCUUCAGUGUG